GGGGCGGGGCGGGCGCGGCCUCAUUCCGGGCCCGGCCGGCGCCGCGCGGGUUGUAGUGUCGCUGGAGGGGCAGGGCCCCACCCUAUGACAUCGCUCCCGGCCCCGCCCCCCACGCAUGGCGGCGGAGGAGGGGAAGCUCUUUGUGGGGGGCCUCAACUACGACACGGACGAGCAGGGGCUGGAGCAGCACUUCAGCUCCUUCGGGCCCAUCGCCGAGGUGGUGGUGGUGAAGGACCGGGAGACCCAACGUUCCCGUGGCUUUGGCUUCGUCACCUUCACCAACCCCGAGCACGCGAGUGACGCCAUGAGGGCCAUGAACGGCGAGUGCCUGGACGGGCGGCAGAUCCGGGUGGAUCACGCCGGGAAAUCGCCCCGCGGUGCCCGAGGGGGCUACGGGGGGGGCCGGGCCCGGGGCCGAGGAUACGGUCGAGGUACGUUUUUGGGGGGGGCUCCUGGUUGCUGGGAGGGGCACCCAUGGGUGCUGAUCCCCCCCCCGAUGUCCCCCAGGAACCAGGGGGGCUACGGCGAGCGCUUCCCCUCGGCCUCGUACCGGGACAACUAUGACAACUGAGCUUGGACCCUCGGUGCUGGAUUUCAGGGGGGGCCCCUCCUCCCCCGGGCCAUGGAUGGACGCCGAGGGGGGAGUGGGACAUGGUGGGGGGGGUGUGAAGGUGGGGAGAACCCUCAAUUUGUACUCCCCCGUGCCCUAUUAAAGGUCAGACCCUCUCCGA